AUGAAAUCAAAGCUCGGAAACCAUGUCAUUGCAGGAGAAGGCAGACCUCCAUGGUACAGGAGCGAUGGUCAAAACUGCGACUGCUACAUUGUCGGGAUUGCCGGUGGAAGUGCUAGUGGAAAGACCAGUGUCGCUCAGAGGAUUAUCAAGAACUUGAAUGUUCCAUGGGUUGUCCUGCUGUCGAUGGAUUCGUUUUACAAGGACUUGACGGCCGAGGAAGUUGAGAUUGCCCACAGAAACGAUUGGGAUUUUGACUCGCCAAACUCGUAUGACUACGACCUGCUACUGGAGACUGUUACCAAGCUGAAGGAAGGAAAGCAGGUGGAUGUUCCCAUUUACGACUUUGAGACCCACAAGAGGUACCCUCACAAGACCAUGCGUCGAUAUGUUCAAAAGGAUGCCAAUCACCUAGUGCCCAAUAAGGUCAACACGGUGUACGGUGCCAAUGUGAUCAUCUUUGAGGGAAUCUUCGGACUGUACGACAAGAAAGUCCUGGAAAUGAUGGACUUGAAAGUGUUUGUAGAUACCGACGUCGACAUCUGCCUUGCCAGACGAAUCAAGCGUGAUGUGGCUGAACGUGGAUUCGACGUUACUGGAGUAUUGACGCUGUACCAGAGAUUUGUCAAGCCCUCUUACGAUACUUACGUCUACCCCACCAAGAAGAACGCCGAUGUCGUUAUUCCUCGUGGACUGGAGAACUUGGUGGCGAUCGAUCUGUUGACAAAACACAUUCAAAGACAGCUGCAGGAGCGCAAGAUGCAGUCACGAUGGGACAUGGCCAGGAUAUGCCCUCCCCAUGAGCUUCCCUCCAACGUCGUCGGUCUGCACACUAUUAUUCGCGACAUUGAGACCUCGCGCCACGACUUUAUCUUUUACGCCGAUCGUCUUGCCACUCUGGUCAUUGAGCGUGCCUUGAAUGAGUUGCCAUACGAGCCCCGAGUAGUAGAGACGCCCACAAAAAAGACGGUCCACGGCUUGGGACUCAAGGCCAACAUCGCCGGCGUCUCGAUCCUCCGCGCAGGAGGCACCAUGGAGAACGGCCUCCGCCGCGUCAUCCGCGACGCCGUCAUUGGCAAGAUCCUCAUCCAAACCGACCCCAACAACGGCGAGCCCCAACUGCACUACUGCAAACUGCCCCCCACCAUCCGGGAAGCCAAUACGUUUAUUUUCCUCAUGGAUGCGGUUGUGGGUACAGGCGCUGCUGGGUUGAUGGCGAUUAGGGUGUUGUUGGAUCAUGCUGUUCCAGAGAACCGGAUUGUAUUUUUGUGUUUCUUGGCCGCCCCCCAGGGGUUGCACACGAUCUCAAGGGCAUUCCCGAGGGUGAGGAUUGUCACCUCGUAUGUCGACCCUGUCCUUAACCCUGAUACCCUGUACCUGGAGCCUGGUCUUGGAAACUUUGGAGACCGUUACUUUGGAACCGAGCAUGAAUAG